UCUCAUACCGUCCUCUAAAACCCUGCUGCAUCCUCUCUCUCUUACCCUUGCCGCGUUCAUCUUCUAAAACCCACUUUCGUCAUAUUCUUCUGAAUUCCUUCAUACAGGCAUUGAACACCGAAGAUGAAGAAGGAAGGGAGGAAGAAGCUGAAGGAUGAGGAUUUGAAGCCAGUAGAGAAAGAAGAUGUUGUGAAUGGAAAAGAAGUUCCUAGUGAUUCUGAGGACGACGGUGUAGAAAGUCCUGUCGUUUCGGAUGAUGAUUAUGGGAGCUUCUCUGAGGGUGACGAUUCUUCAAGGAACUCAGAUUCAGAAUCAGAAUCAGGAUCUGAACAGAGUGAAUUCUCGGAAGAUGAGGAUGAUGAGAACCCAAUCAACGAAGCUGAAGGUGAUUUGAGUGAUGGAGUUGAUGAUCAUAGUGAAGGAGAUCAAAGUGCAAGUGAGGAUUCUCGUGAAGUAGUUGAUGAAAGUGAUUCAUCAGAAGAUGAGGUUGGACCUAGGAACACUAUUGGUGAUGUUCCUUUGGAAUGGUAUAAUGAAGAAGAACAUAUUGGAUAUGAUGUUGCUGGAAAGAAAAUCAAGAAAAAGGAAAGACUAGAUAAACUCGAUUCAUUUCUAGCAAGAACAGAUGACUCAAAUAGUUGGCGCAAGAUCACAGAUGAUAUUGAAGAUGAGGAAGUUGAACUUACUAAAGAAGAAACUAAGCUUAUUCGCAGACUAUUGAAAGGACAUGCCCCUCAUGCAGACUUCGAUCCACAUGCACCUUAUGUUGAUUGGUUUGCAUGGGAUGGUGCUAAACAUCCACUCUCAAAUGCUCCAGAACCAAAAAGGCGUUUUAUUCCUUCAAAAUGGGAAAGCAAAAAGGUUGUUAAAUACAUCAGAGCAAUUAGAAAGGGACUUAUAACAUUCGAUAAGCCAAAAGAACAACCCCGUUUUUAUAACUUAUGGGGUGAUGAAUCUAGUUCAAAUGAAAAAGGACAUGGAUUAUCAUACAUACCUGCUCCCAAAACUAAAUUACCAGGCCAUGAUGAAUCGUAUAAUCCAUCUUUGGAAUAUAUUCCAACUCAAGAAGAGAUAAGUGGUUAUCAGCUUAUGUUUGAGGAGGACAGACCUAAGUUUAUCCCAAAACGGUUUACAUCUUUGAGAAGUGUUCCAGCUUAUGAAAAAAGUGUGAGGGAAACUUUUGAUCGUUGUUUGGACUUAUACUUGUGCCCUAGGGCACGAAAGAAGCGUAUUAAUAUAGAUCCAGAGUCUUUAAAACCCAAGCUUCCAAGUCGAAAAGAUCUUAAACCUUAUCCAACAACAUGUUAUCUUGAGUAUAAAGGGCAUAAAGGUCCAGUUUCUUCAAUUUGCACUGACACAUCUGGCCAGUAUAUUGCUUCUGGAUCACAUGAUGGAUCUGUUCGUUUAUGGGAGGUUGAAACUGGUAGAUGUAUCAAGAUUUGGGAAUUAGGUGAACCUGUGAAACAUGUUGCAUGGAAUCCUUUACCUGAGCUUCCUAUUUUAGCUGUUUCAAUGGGACAUGAUGUUUUUCUUUUGGACACUGGGCUUGAGAAAGAAGAACAUAAGAUGAUUUCAGAUCUUUUGCAUGUUGAAACUCCCACUUCCCCUGAUGAAUCUGAAACUGCAGUCAGUGUAAGCUGGUCUCAAUACGAUAAAUAUGAAGGAAUCAGGAUCACACACUUCAAGUCUGUUUCAUCUGUGGAAUGGCAUCGAAAAGGAGACUAUUUCUCUACUGUUAUGCCUGCAGGUGAAUCAAAAGCAGUAUUAAUACAUCUUCUAUCAAAGAAACUUACUCAAAGAUUACCCUUCAAAUUACAUGGUCUUCCUGUUUCUUCAACUUUUCAUCCUACAAGAUCAAUCUUUUUUGUUUCAACAAAAAAGAAUGUUAGAGUUUAUGAUUUAGUAAAGAAGAAGUUCAUCAAAAAGCUUGAAGCUGGAGUGCGUGAAAUCUCUUCUAUCUCCAUUCAUCCUGGUGGUGAUAAUGUUAUUGUGGGAAGUAAAGAUGGAAAGUUAUGUUGGUUUGACAUGGAUCUUUCAUCAAAACCUUACAAAGUUCUCAGAUCUCACAAUAAAGACAUAACAAAUGUGGCAUUCCAUCGCAACUACCCUUUGUUUGCAUCUUGUUCUGAUGAUUCCACAGCAUAUGUUUUCCAUGGCAUGGUUUACUCAGAUUUGAAUCAGAAUCCUCUUAUUGUUCCUUUGGAGAUUCUUCAUGGCCAUAGAGACACAAAUGGAAGAGGUGUGUUGGAUUGUAAGUUUCAUCCAAGGCAGCCAUGGUUGUUCACUGCAGGGGCUGAUUCUGUGAUCAAGCUCUUCUGCCAUUAAAAAACUCGGAAGAAAGUUUGAAAUGAUGAUAUGUUUGUCUUCAACAUCUCUACAAAAUGUGGAAUUGUUUUGUUUUGUGAUUUGUAGAAAAGCAUAUGGUUAUGGUUGUAGUUCAAUUUUGUUAUAUCAUUGUAGGAAGUGUGAGGGUUGACUUUUAGAUAUUUGUUAUUCCUAAAGAGCAUUCAAAGGGAUGGGAUUAUGUAUGUUUAUGAGUUUAUCUUAUGAAUGGUGAUUGCAUUUUGACAUA